GUUUGUUUGCUCAUGCUCGCACUCGUAUCUUGUUUUGAAGUUUUAGAAUAUAAACGUAUUUUCAUUUAUAACAAAAAUUAAGCAUAUAAAUAAGCUUGUCUUGACCAGUGACGUAAACUAAAGUUUAAAGAUAAAGACGCAGGUUGUUGACAUUAUCAAAAAUGGACAUUUAUUCUUCAUUUGAUGAUUCAAGCAGUAACUACAACAAAAAGGCAGAUAUAAGUAUAUCAGAUCAACUUUCAGACUUUGGUAAACUGCGAAUAUCAGCUCUAACAAAAGCAGCUGAAAUAAGUCCUUAUGUUAAAGAAGUAACAAUUGGACCAAACAGUCCUGCCAAGACACAGGAACAAAUUAUAGAGCGGUCGCCAGUUAACCCAUCGAAAAUUAAAGAGGAGGAGAAUUUGUUGGAGGAUAGGAUACGGGAAGACCUCCGGUACACGCUCAUCAUGAAAGAGUAUGAGACCAAACUACAAGAGUGUUCGGAAGAAUCAUUUAGAGAAUUAAUAGAGAAGAUGAUAGCUAAAAGAACAGAAAUGUUGAGUAAUUACUGGAAAGCGCAAAGUGAAGAAUGCCAGCGAAGGGCACUUGAGCGUAAAAAUCGUAAAUUGCUCCUGUUACAGCAGCAGAAGGACAAUGACAAUGAAUCUCUUCUGGAGAAAGCCAAAUUAGAUGAACAAAAGACACAGUUAAUCAAUAAACAAACAAUUGACAACUUAAACAAAUUUUUAGAAGAGCAGAAUAAAGCUACGGCCCGGAUUACAGCCAUCACUGACAGUCAUGCUAAAAUAUGCAAAAGUUAUAAAGAUAUAACUGAUAUCAUACAAACUGAACCAUUAGGUAAGAGACUUUGUGAGAAGUACCAAGAAUCUAUCAACAGAGUCAUAGGAAGUAUCAAUGUCAUGAUGGAGUUAUGUAAGACUACAACUCUUACUGACAAAGAAGUGCAUCAGGCUAAGAUGCUUGCUUUGAGUAUUGAUGAUGUUCGUAAGAAACUAAUAGAAGACAUACAUGCAGUUACGGCUAGGUUAAAGAGGGAAGCAGAAGCUGAAUCAAGAAAAAAAAAGGAGUUGGAAGAAAAGAAGUUACAGGAAGCCAAGGCUAAGAAAGAGGCAGAAAUAGCACAGAGAGCAGAAGUGGCUGCUCAAGCUACCGAGCAAGCAAAGAAAACUAAACCCAUGUUCCAUUCUGCUAAAAAUUACUCUAAUUAUGAAGAACUAAAAACUUUUCUGGAUAAUUAUGAAUCACAAUACAAGGAGCUAUUAGAGAAUGUAAACUUAAAGAAAUUUAGAUUUGAUUGCCAAAAGGCUGUAAACACCCCAGUGAAUGCCUUGUCUUCUGUAAGCGGGAUGCACAUGAAAGACAAGUAUGAUAAGCUGUCCAAAUUACUGAAAGGCGAGCAGGUCCAAGUACUGGAUACUUACAUACAGGCCACACAGCACCCGCAGGGAUUGGCAUAUUGCACAGCUCUGCUGGCCAAGAAGAUAGUCCGGCAAGGAGACCUGCUCGUCUCCAGCAACCCUGAAGCAGCAUUUCCACUAGCAGCAGUCACUGUAGCACUUUGUUCUCAGUUCCCUAUUUUGACUAAACUGUUGGAAGCAAACUUUCAUAGGCAAUGUCCAUACUCGGUACCCAUGUUCUUACCGCAGAAAGAAGGACAAACUGACAAGGAAUUCUAUUUAUCAAGGGGUUACAUCUACAAUGACGAGGGAGCUGUGGAGAAGCAAGACAAAUUUUUAAAAAGAAUGUCUGGCAUAUUCCGUCUCUAUUGUGCCAUUUGGAUUGCGAAAACCCCUAGAUUUAUAAAUGCCCCAAAUCCCCAUAGUCUGAGCUAUGGCUGGAGAUGGCUUGCAUCAUUCAUAAACUUAAGACCUGAGCCUGACAUCAGUGCAACCUUACUCCAUGACUUUUUCUCUGUGUGUGGCCAUGAGUUUUUUAAACAUUAUGGAAAACAAUUCACUAAAAUAAUAAAACUGAUAGCUACAGAUUACUUAGCCAUAUUAAAGAACCUUGAUGAAGGUGGUCCAAAAACUAGAUUAGAAGUUUUCCUUCAGAAUGUUUUAAAAACUGGUCAAAUUGCUCCACCAAGUGGUUUGUUACAACCCAAUACUUGGUAAUAUUUUGUAGAGAAAUUAUUUUAUGAGGUCUAAUGAUUUAAAUGUAUAAAAGUUAUACCAACUAUUGCAUUAAAUGUAAUUUUGCAACUCCACCUUUCUAAAGAUCAAUUGUAAGCAAUAAAUUUUGUUUGUAAUA